AUGGCACCAAGUGUUUCGGUAAACAUCGUCGGGGCGGGCUUAGGCGGACUAGCAGCGGCCAUAGGGUUGCGACGAGCUGGCCACAGCGUCAAGGUCUUAGAGAAAGCGCCUGCUCUUGGAGAGAUUGGAGCUGGGAUUAAGGUACCGCCGAAUUCCAGCCGUGUCUUCCACGGAUGGGGUCUCCUGGAUGCCCUGGAGAAGAUCUGCAUCUCCCCCGAGGAGGGGAGGAUGCGUUCUUACCGCACCGGUGAGGUGCUGUCGACCAUGCCCCUGGGCGACAGUCUCCGUCAAACAUACAAGGUUCCGUACUUUGUUGUCCACUGCGUCGAUCUGCAGCACAUGCUAGCGGAGGCUGCCGAGCGUGAAGGCGCCGUCAUCGAAUUCGGCAUGGAUGUGGCCGGCGUGCGCGACACCUCGCCGAAGGCGUUCGUUCAGCUCGCCAGUGGAGAGGAGAUGGCCGCGGAUGUCGUGCUGGGGGUCGAUGGGGAGCGCUCGUGCGUUCGAACAUCGCUGCUGGGACAGGAAUUCCCCUGGCGAGAUAGCGGCGACCACGUCUUCCGCGCCACGGUACCACUUCCGGCGCUGGAGGCCGAUGACCAACUCAGAGAACUGGGGAAACGGAUCAAUUGGUGGGUUGGGCCACAGGGCAACGCCCUGACUUACCCUCUCAAGCGAGGGGGGCUCAAUAUUGUCCUUACCCACGUCCAUGCCCCGGAUGAUGCCGUCCAGUUUGCCCCGAAACCCAUUUCCAAGACGGAAGUGACCCACGAGUUCCAGGGUUGGGAUCCCUUGUUUCACCGGCUGUUAGACUUGACCUCUACCUGGGCUCGCUGGACUCUGCUGCACACUGACAUAGAGUCUCAGUGGACGAGGGAACCGGGCAAUAUCGCCCUGGUAGGACAUGCAGCGCACGCGCUCCUACCUUAUCUCGCACAAGGCGCGGCCCUAGCCUUUGAAGACGCGGCGGUGCUGAGCGUCCUCUUUGGAGCCAUGCAGGACAAGUCACAAAUUCCAGACAUUCUGACCAUCUUUGAAGCCAUCCGCAAGCCCCGUGCGAUGGAGAUGCACCGCCGCGUUGGUAUGGCACGCGAUAUCUGGUCGAUGCCGGAUGGUCCACAACAACGUGAACGGGAUCGGCAGCUGCGUGAGCACGAACCAUACGAUGGAUACCCUAACGUCUUGGCGGAUCCAGCCCUCACGCGGUGGAUGUUUGGCUACGAUGCUUUUGAGGAGGCUCGCAGGGCAUGGCGGAAGUUUGAGAGGGGGGAGUUUCCAAGUACCAGGGGAACGUGGAAGUGUUGA